AUGAAUCGGUUCAAGUUUGGUGACUCUGAUGAGUCUGGCUCGGAUUUUGACGAGGAUUCGUCUUCCUUGCCCUUCCCCGAACCGUUAUCCCGGACUUCAUUCCUUGCCCCUGAUUUCGACCCGACUACCUUCCUAUCAUCCUUGACAAAUCGGCAUCAAAGCCUUGAAGACCUUCGGCAGGAGUUGCGGAGUCUAGAGCAAUUGCUCAACAAAGAGCUGUUGGAUCUGGUCAACGAGAACUACCAAGACUUUCUAUCUUUGGGAACUGCACUGCGCGGAGGCGAAGAGAAGGUUGAGGGAGUAAAAGUGGGCUUGCUAUCUUUCCGACGAGAUGUGCAGUCAAUUCGCGACAAAGUGGAAGAGCGGCGCCGAGAGGUGGAGGGACUAUUGAAUGAGAAGCGACAGCUCCGGUCCAAUGCAGACAUCGGCAAGAAUCUAUUGGAUUAUGCGGAUCGAGUGGAAGAAUUAGAACACCGAUUGAUGAUUGAAGACAAGUCAUCUCCGCGGGAAGCUUCCCCCAAUGACGAAUCGGACGCGGAAUCUGAUCUAUACGAUGACGGAAGCGAACAAAGUGACGACGAAGAGCUAGAAGAUGGAACCGCCCCUGUAUCACUCAAGCGACUGGAGAGACACGUCCAGAAGUACGUGUUCUUGACCUCCAUCGCCACGACAGUAGGCAAGGAUCACCCAUUCCUGCUUGCUCAGCAGCCACGUGUGUCAAAGAUCAAGUCUACAGUGCUGCUAGAUUUGAAGACUGCCUUGGAACAGGCCAGUCAUGUCGGUGAGAAGCGGGAUGCAAGAACAAUGGCUGUCUUACGUCUCUACGAUUUGAUGGGUGAAGAUGUCAGCGCUGUAGCUGCGCUGAAGAAUCUCAAACUAUAA